AUGGCCAACGACAUCAAGACAGACUUGCAGCCAUGCGAGUCGCCCAUCGAUGGUGCCGAGUCCGAUGGCCUCGAUGAGAAGCAGGGCAACUCCAUGGACCGUGCCAACAUGUACCGUAUGGGCAAGGUCCAGGAGAUGAGGAGAAACUUCCGCUUCGUCUCGAUUUUUGGAUUCUCAAUGAUUUUGAUGGCCUCGUGGGAGGCGGCGCUCAGUGUUGCGAUCAUCGGUCUUAUCAACGGCGGCUCGGCAGGACUCAUCUGGGGAUACUUUAUCUGCUGGAUGGGCUUCAUCCUCGUCAACACCUCGAUGGCUGAAAUGGGUUCCAUGGCCCCAACCAGCGGCGGUCAAUACCAUUGGGCCUCCGAGUUUGCCCCUCGUGAGCACCAAAAGGUCAUCUCCUACCUCAUGGGUUGGCUCGCAGUGCUCGGCUGGCAGGCCUUGGCAGCCUCCACGUCGUUCGUUGCUGGCACCCAGAUCCAGGGUCUCCUUAUUCUGGCGUAUCCCGACACCUACGGUCCCGAGCCGUACCACGGCACACUGCUGUCCAUGGCACUUGCUGCUUUCUCCGUCUUCUUCAACACGGUCUUGUCCCGCAAGUUGCCGCUGAUUGAGGGCAUUGUGUUGAUCAUCCACAUCUUCGCCUUCAUCGGUAUCCUCGUGACGCUGUGGGUGCUCGCGCCCCUCGGCGAUGCGUCCGUCGUGUUUACCGAAUUCACCGACGGAGGCGGCUGGGGAUCGGCCGGUGCUUCGACAAUCGUGGGACUCCUGGCUGGUGCUCUUCCUCUGCUCGGUGCUGAUGCGGCCGUGCACAUGUCUGAGGAACUUCGCGAUGCCAGCCGGACUCUGCCCAAGACGAUGAUUCUGAGCACAAUCAUCAAUGGCGCAAUGGGCUGGCUGAUGAUCAUCACGUUCUGCAUGUGCCUGGGCAGCCUUGAGGACAUCCUGGCUUCUCCCACUGGCCAGCCCUUUAUGCAGGUUUUCUUCAACGCCACGCAGAAUGCCGGCUCCGCCAUUGCCAUGGCGUCUUUCAUCACGGCCCUCACAGUCUUUUGCAACAUCACCAUGGUUGCCACUGCGUCUCGCCAGCUGUUCGCCUUCGCUCGCGACCAGGCCGUCCCCUUCAGCAGCUUCUUCGCCCACAUCCGCCCUGGCUGGGACGUCCCGGCCAACUCCAUCUUCUUCACCUUUAUCGUCUCGAGCUUGCUGGCCCUCAUCAACAUCGGCUCCCCGGUAGCUCUGAACUCCAUCACCUCGCUCAGCACCACCUCGCUGAUCUCCACUUACAUCGUCUCCAUCAGCUGCAUCAUCUGGCGCCGCGCCACGGGUGCCCCCAUGCUCAAGUCCCCCUUCACCCUCGGCAAGUGGGGCCUGCCCAUCAACAUCGCCUCGGUCGUGUUCCUCGUCUUCAUCCUCGUGGUUGCGUUCAUGCCGUCUUCCCCCAACCCGGCCCCCGAGCUCAUGAACUGGAACAUCCUGAUCUAUGGCGUCGUCAUGCUCAUCUCCGUUGCGUACUUCUUCGCCAAGGGUCGGCACCACUAUGCCGGUCCUGUCGCAUACGUCAGGCAGCUCGAGUAG